AUGUCCUCCAUCACCAGCUCCAAUGAGACCCUGGUGAGUCACCAAACCUUUGUCUUGAUUGGCAUCCCUGGGAUGCAGGAGAAGAACUCUUGGGUGGCCUUCCCACUGUUUGUGCUCUACGCCCUGACUCUGAUUGGGAACAUCAUGAUCCUCUAUGUCAUCAAGAUUGACACAAGCCUCCAUGAGCCCAUGUACUUCUUCCUUUCCAUGCUUGCCUGCUCGGAUCUGGGCCUCUCCAUGUCAACCAUGCCAACAAUGCUGAGCGUGUAUUGGUUUGACUUCAGAGAAAUCCCAUUUAAUGCCUGCAUCAGCCAGAUGUUCUUCAUCCAUACCUUUCAAUGGAUAGAGUCUGGCAUUCUUGUGGCAAUGGCAUUUGAUCGCUUGAUUGCCAUUCGUCAUCCACUGAGAUAUAGAUCACUUCUGCCAAAUUCAGUAAUUGUGAAAAUAGGCAUUGUCGUCUUGUCCAGAGGCCUUUGUGUUAUUUUCCCAAUCCCUUUUCUUAUUAAACGGCUCCCUUUCUGCCGAUCCAAUGUCCUUUCUCACUCCUACUGUCUCCACCAAGAUGCCAUGAAGUUAGCCUGUGCAGACACAAGAGUCAACCUCUUGUAUGGUUUGACAGUAGUUAUUUCCUCUUUAGGGUUGGAUGUUGUGAGCAUUCUUGUGUCCUACGCCCUGAUUCUGAGGACUGUUUUGAGCAUUGCCUCCCAUCAAGAGUGCCUGAAGGCCCUGAACACCUGUGUGGCCCACAUUGCUGCCAUCUUGAUUUUCUAUGUGCCAAUGAUCGGCACCAGUAUGGCGCAUCGAUUUGGGAGACACCUUUCCCCCAUUGUCCACAUGCUGAUGGCCAACAUUUUUGUUGCUGUCCCCCCACUUCUCAAUCCUGUUGUGUACAGCGUGAAGACCCAGCAGAUCCGGGAAAGAAUAUGCAGUGUUUUGCAAUUAAAGAAAAGAUGUUUCUUUCAAAGAAGGAUUCUGUGA